UGUGGCACUCACUACAUCUACAUGAUCUAUUGGACGCAAUAACUUUUUCAUACAUUCACGAAACCUAAUGAAACCAUUCAUAAACCAUACAACAUGUAAUCUCGUAAAAAAACAUGUAGCUUUGUUGUAGAAUUUUGUCAACAGUUCUUUUUAAGAAUUUUAACAGUUCUGUUUUUUGUCAGGCCUGGCAGUGUGAUUGCAGACUUCAGUAUUAAUGCAACUAGCAAUAACCUUAAUUUACUAUCAGCAAACCAACAACUUGCAAGCAAUCUCCGUUCACUGGGAUUCAACGUAAACGAUGAUGCAUUCAGUCACAGUGUGGAAGAUGGGCUGUACACAAGCAAAGACCAAAUAUAUCCUGGCCAAAAACUGACACUGACCUGUAACACGACAGUAAAUAACACCAUUAAAUGGAUGAGGAAUGGAAUUGAACUAAAGUCAUCAGAUAGGUAUAUAAUUGAACAAACUGUACUCACUGUGAAAAGUACCACUCCCGAUGAUAGCGGUCAGUAUGAAUGUCGCACAACAGAGAACUCAAUACCCUCUGUCAUCUGGCAAAGGAUUUUGAUUCCAGAUCCCAAUAUCCAAGUGAGCAAUGACAAAUUUGUAAAAUGUGAGAAUUCAACAGUUAUGCUGCAGUGCUGUGCACAUGAGAGCUAUGAAGUGAAAUGGAGCGUUGACCCUGCAGCUUGCAUCCAACCUUCACCAGCUCCACCAACAGGCUGCAUAUUAUGUAACUAUAAAAUUAACACACAGGACUGUCAGACCAAUGAGCUACACAUGUCGGUCACAUGUCAACUUACCAAAAGCAAUUACAAGGCACAGAAUGUCACGAUAAAUGCAGUCAAUGGACAAUUUACCUGCUAUAAUGAUGUAUUUGGACCUGGAAAUGUGGAAGACGUACGUGUUGGUGACUGUAAUGGGGACAUGGUUGGCUAUCAAAAAGCUAAGUGUAAUUCAGCAGGACAGUGGCAAAUUACAGAGAACAACUGUGUCCUGCGAGUCAUUCAAAAUCUUAAAGAUAGAGCUUCGCUCUUGAACGUCAUGCCCACUGAGCUCCCACAAUUUGUGGCUAAUCUCAGCAUUGCUACUGAAACAAAUGCUCAAAAUAUAACAUCAUCUUCAUCGACCAUAUUAACAAUUGCUUCCAUACUGCAAACCAUUGCCAAUAUCUCCCAAACAAUCUUAGUCAGUAAACCCAUUCUGACUGGUUUCCUGCAAACACUGGAUGUCAUAGGGUCAAUAGCUGCACGGGGGGCAUGGAUGGAUUUAAACCAAAACAAUGCAACCAGGAAUGCCAGUUCUGAACUUCUGAAGUCUAUUGAAAUCAUUGCACGCAGACUCCCAGAUGAAAACAUUGAGAUAUCAACUAACUCUGCUCAUCUCAAAAGAACUUUCAUCACUGUCCCAUUUUUAGAAGUAUUUGGUAAUAAAUCAACCACCUAUAUAACAAUUCCAAUGAGUAAUGAAAAUUCUUUCAUAACCAUCAUAGUUUUUUCUGCACUUGACAAUGUUUUACCUGUUCGAAUUGCCUACAAUGACAGUCUAACUAACCCCAGCAUCAAUGGCGAUGUAGCUGUGAUUGAACCAAAGUCAACAAUUAACAACAUCUCCUUUUCUUUUGCCAUAAAAAAUAAGACACUGGGAAAACCUCAGUGUGUCUUUUGGAACUUCAGUCUUCUGAAUGGCAUUGGUGGAUGGGACUCGACUGGAUGUCAACUAAAGACAUUAGGAAAUGAAUCUGAAAGAUUUACAUGUGAGUGCAAUCACACAACCUCUUUUUCAAUCCUGAUGUCACCAUUUUCUGAAGUCUCGGGCACAGCCUUAAACUUUAUAACUUACAUUGGUGUUGGCAUUUCCAUGGCCAGCUUGGUUUUGUGCCUCAUCAUUGAAAUCAUUAUUUGGAAAUCAAUGACAAGAAACGACACAUCCUACAUGCGCCAUGUCUCCGUAGUCAACAUUGCUGUCUCCCUUCUGAUUGCGGACGUAUGCUUCAUCAUUGGAGCAGCUGUUGUAAAAGAAGGAGAGAAAACACCAGAGGGACCCUGCAGUACAGCAACAUUCUUCAUGCACUUCUUUUAUCUUGCCCUUUUCUUCUGGAUGUUGCUGUCAGCACUCUUGCUCCUCUACCGCACCCUCAUGGUCUUUUCCAGAAUGACCAGAGGAGCAAUGAUGGCCAUAGCCUUCACUGUUGGCUAUGGAGCCCCGCUAAUCAUAGCUGUCAUUACUGUGGCAUCUACAGCUGGAAGAAAAGGAUACAUUAAAGAAAAACAUAGUUGUUGGCUAAACUGGAAUGAAACGAAGGCCCUCCUGGCAUUUGUGAUUCCUGCUCUGACUACUGUAGCUAUAAACCUCCUGGUGCUUAUUGUGGUUCUGUGUAAGAUGAUGAGGAGAGGAGUUAAUGCCACAACUCAGCCAGAUGACAAACAUCCCCUAAUGGUCAUUGCUAGAUGUGUGGGGAUUUUAACACCUCUAUUUGGUCUAACGUGGGGAUUCGGCAUUGGGACCAUGGUGUCAUCGAACUUUGGGAUUCACGUGGUGUUCGCAUUCCUUAAUUCACUGCAGGGUUUCUUUAUUUUGCUGUUUGGGACAUUACUGGAUAGUAAGGUCCGAGAUGCACUGGCAGGAAGGUUAGCUCUGAGGAACUCAAGCUCUAAUCGCACUAGGAGCACAAGUGCUGGACCAUUAUCCUCAGGCAGACUUACUUUCUUUCAGAGGUUAUGGCGGAGAGAUGUGUACCAUGUAUCAGAAGGCGGCAUUUUGCCAUCAUCUUCAAGCAACUCAUACAGAGUUAUUUAGCUUAAUCAAGCUAAUGUGGCCCAAAGUUUCAUCCAUAUAUUCAAGAACCUGUUUAACAGUAAUGAUAUAUUUAGCGAAUCUAGCUUUUUAGUUUUUUGCUGGUGACCUCAAAAAUAGAAUAAAAUCAGAAUAGUUAAUGAAAUGAAUUAAUGACUAAGCUGUCAAUUGUUCAAAACAAUACUAUUAAUAAACACUUUUUUUAAAGAAGCAUUAAAAAACUAUCCUUACUUUUCAUCAUUUUAUAUUGUACAUUUGCAAUAAAUAAUUUUUAUUAUCAAAUAAUGCAUUUCUGAGCCACGGUUUUCCAUAUGUGAGCAAUCCUGGUUUUUGUAUCUUUUGUCUCUUGGAUAUAUUUUGGAUCUGUUUACUUUUCAGGUUAUGAAUCCUUGCAGAUUAGGUUGUUACUCUGCAUUGUUGCACCUUCAACUGUUUGUAAAUUGUUCCACAUGAGAUUGUCUGCUAAAGAACUUCACUUAAAUUUACAUUUACAGAGAUUUACAUUACAGUGAUGGCACAUUACCACUUUUUCUUUUCCAAUAAUGAUACUGAUACUAAAACCUUGCGUAUCAGCUGAUAUUGAUACCCAUCCAAUAGU